AGAGAGAGAGAGAGAGUCACGCCUCUACUGCUGACAGGUCACUGAAGGAUGCAUCUGCGAUUAAGGCUGCAUGCUGGAUUGCUUACUUCUAAAACACGUCAUGAAAACCCUGGUUCAGGUAGAGCCUGAAGCAGAUGACGUAUUUAAGUGGAGGCCACAAUGGAUGCCAAACUGAACUCUACAGAUAUGAAUGAAAAGAUGGGUGGAAAUGACGACAAAGCAAAGUUCCGUGACUCACUAGCCACUGCUUCAAAGUCGCCCAUUAUACCUCACAACUCCAUCACAGGUCAAACAGGAUCUUUGACUGAAGUCACUAGUUUUUCAGAGCACAUCUCCACUGAGGACACUAAAUUAUCUUCAACUGACAUCUCUGUGAAUGUGUUCCCAAAUAAAACAAUAGAAGCCUCUGUUGAAACCAACUUUCAUAAUAACCCAAAAGGAGGAGUGACCAGAGCAGUAUCCAUGUGUAGCCCAUGCUCUGUGGAGAAAGACCAGCCAAAGCCUCUAUGUGCCCUGCUGCCAUCCUCUAAGGAGACCCGCACAGUCUACGAAGUGAGUCAGUCAUUCACAUCCAUCAGCGGGAGUCAAGAAAGCCCCAAAACCACUACGGUCCACGCUGAGCCAGAUGGUGACGACCUUUGCGCUGCAAUCCUUUUGGCCUGCCUCUUCUGCCAUCCACUGGACUGUUUCUUGGCCAUGAUGAGAGGGUGUAACGAGUGUGUUUGGUCGCUGUGCUCAUCCCUGUGCGGCUGCGAGCCCACCACUCUGCAGCCCCUCCUGGACGUCACCCACCACUGUGACCUCUGCGGGUGUCUGGGUGUUCGCUGCUUCCUGUGCGACUGCCCCGUCUGCGACAUCUGCCUUCAGGCUACAGAGUGCCUGGACCUCGCUAUGGAAGUCUCUCAAAUGCUUUACCACUAA